AUUUUGGCAACGAUGGCCGGCCCGGGCUCCGGCAACAUCGUACACACCUUAUUACUGGUAGCAGGAAUUGUCCUGACCGCUGGUGUCCUCGGAGUAGUCAUCGCAAUCCUUGUAAAUGAGAACAACACCAACACCAACACCAACACAAUCUACAAUGGCACCAAUACCUACAACUCGACAAUCCAAUAUAACUCUACAUAUGUCUACAAUAGUACCAUCAUCGAAAUCGAUAUCGCCUCAAAAGUGUUGAAUGUUGCUCAGCCAGCGAAGGUUAGUCCAGGGACCGACAAGUACAACUCCUACCAGCAAGUCGUGCAGUUGUUCAAGGCCUCCGUCAACCUAUCAGUGGAUCCUUGCAAUGACUUCUACGCGUACACCUGCGGCAACUUCAAGGGUGACAUGAGCUUCGAUAUUUCCGAUAACUCUAACACCAAUGAUAUGGUCACCCGCUUGACUAACGAUACCUACAUCAGCACUGCGCCUCUCCCAGUCCAACAAACCCGCUGGUACUUUGACACUUGCGUGAAUGCCCGUCAAAACUGGAACACCAUCGCCGAUGGCAGCGUCGUCACCGCCGCCAUCAACCAGCUCGCCGCAGGAAACCCCGGAAAACACGAAAACAGCACGAAGUUCCCAUUCCCAAUGUUGGAUCAGAAAACCGAUGUGACAACUUUCCCGGAUAGAUUUGGAUUGGGUUAUCUCACCGGAUCAUUGACCGCUCAGGGAGUAGACACCAUCAUCUCGGCAGGAGUCGACACAAACUGGAAGGAUCCCGCUGGGCCUGAAGGAUUCGCGUACUUGAUCGAUCAGCCGACCACUUUUGCACCGAACACCUAUUACUUGAAGGAUUUCGAUGCGUUGAAUGCUUCCUUGACAUACCAGAUCACUGAAAACAUGCUCCAGUUGGCUAAAGUCCAGAACAAGACAUUGGACGCUAAUAUUCUUGCCAAGGACGUUCAGGACAUUAUCAAGCUUGAUUAUCUCCUCGCCACAAAAUUCUCCACGGACGACACAACUCGCCGUCAGUACGACAGAAGUUACAACCCAAACACGUUGCCUCAACUUUUGACGCAAUAUCACAAAGAUGUUUUCAGCUGGCACAUGUUCCUGCCAAUCGCCGUCGGAACCGCCGAGCACGUACUCGACAAGCUUCUCGACCAGGGAAGCGGCUACAACUACUACAUCACCAUGGAGCCAACCAAGCUCAACAUGCUGCUCACAUCUCUCAACAAGGACAACACUCUUGGCAUCACGCCAAGAGCUCUCGUCAAUUACUUCUACUAUCGUCUCGUCGACUCGCUCAGUGAAUUCCUUCCAGCACCACCUGCCGGAAACAUGAUCCGUCCAUUCGUGAAGAUUGAGAGACAACCUGUUGGACGUCCAAGACACGUUCUUCCAGAGGAUCGAAAAUAUGAGAGAAAACUGAUCGAAGAUCUGACUGAGGCCCAGUACAGUUGUGCACAAGAAACUAUCGAUAUCCAGUACGCCAACGCUCGUCUCUUCAUCGACCAGAUCUACCCAACCGCCACUGACCGUAAGAAUGUCCGCGAGCACGUCGCCAAGGUGGCAAGCAGUAUUGUCAUCGGAUUCCGAUCAAUGAUCGAUCAACUCAACUGGAUGACACCAUCAACCAAGAAGGGUGCCUACAACAAAAUCGAGAAUCUCGUCAAGAACAUUGCCUAUCCCGACUGGAUCACUGAUGACGCUCAGCUGACCGCAUACCAUGCCCCCAUGAACUUCACCAAGACAGACACCUACGUCGAUAUGUUCUUCAACGUCCAGAACUUCAAUCUCUACUCGCAAUGGGAUCAGCUAGUGCAGGGACCCGCAGACCGUACCGGGUUCAAUGGACCACCAGGAAUCACCAAUGCUUGGUAUCAGCCAGAGCUCAACUCGAUCACCUUCCCCGCUGGAAUUCUUAAAAAGCCAUUCUACGACUUCAACUGGCCAGCGUCGGUUAACUUCGGAGCAAUGGGAGUGAUUGCCGGGCACGAGUUGACUCACGGAUUUGAUGAUCAGGGAGUUCAGUGGAAUGGAGUGGGAACACUCAGCGGAUGGAUGGACGCCACAUCAAAGGUUUCCUUCACCAACAUGGCCCAAUGCGUCGUCAACGAGUACAGCGGAUUCUGCCCACUCGACAAGGCAACGUACGGAUCGGCCGCCUGUAUUGACGGAGCUCAAACCCAGGGAGAAAACAUCGCUGACAACGGAGGAAUUCACUCCGCAUUCCGUGCCUACAAGAACUACGUGGAUCUUUACGGUCCUGAUCCAGUUCUCCCGGAUCCUCAAUUGCAGUACUUCAACCCAGAUCAGCUCUUCUUCUUGAGUUUCGCUCAAGUUUGGUGCCAGAUGCCGUACACCGAUGCUCAGUUCCUUCGUCAGAUCCUUGUCGACGUGCACUCUCCGUCGAUCUAUCGUGUUCUUGGAACAAUCCAGAACUUCCCAGCGUUCAAGACGGCCUUCAACUGCCCAUCUUCCACAUAUGCUCCGGAUAAUCAUUGCAAUGUUUGGGUAUCCGACAUUGAUACUACAUUCGGACUUCCAAAUGUCAAGACCGACAUCAAUGUGGUCCCGGAGGCCCCGAUUACUUCAACCAAUGUUGACAAGAUGAACGCUUAUCAGAUGGCUGUUGACUAUUACGCGAAAUCCGUGAACACCGCCAUCGAUCCAUGCGACGACUUCUACUCCUACGCCUGUGGAAACUUCAACCAAUCCGUCUCCUUCUACACUGCCCGCGCCCAGAAUCUCGUUUACAUGGCACAAAAGCUCGAGGAUCCAACUUACCAGACCACUAUCAAUAGUAGCCCGGCUUUGAAGAAGGAGAAGCAGCUGUACAACGCGUGUCUUACAGCCACCGCCAGCUCUCAGAGCGAGGAUCAAAUCCUCAUUUCGAAGAAUUAUAUUCAAACUAAAGUAGAUGAUCUCAAGACACUUAUUGGUCAAGACUUCACACUUGUCAAUGGAGGAGCACCAAAACUUCCAUCCGCUAAACAAAUCGGAGAUGCCCUAGGAUACCUCUCAUUCGAACAAGGUAUUGAUACUCUGAUCAGCCCACUUGUCGACACCUACUGGAUUGAUAACAGUAAGGGAUAUCAGAUGUUCAUCGAUCAGAACACCGCUUAUCUGUCAAAGACCUAUUACCAACCAGCUGCAUGGAAGAUUGAGAAGCCGAAGUACUUGAAGAUGGCUCUGGAUGUUGUCACAAGAUACGCCAGGGAGCAAAAUAUCACUUUACCAGCUGGAGCAAGUGAUCUUCUCUCCAAUGUUUUGGACUAUGAGCAGAACAUUGCAGUCAAGUACAGUACUGAUGAUAAUACUCGUAGACAAUUCCAACGUUCUUGGAAUCUUACGAAAACUAGUGACUUGGUAACUAAAUACAAUUUCAUGGAUUGGAUGACAUACCUUUCCCAUGCACCAAAUGCCGUGAAGGCUAAGAUCACUGACGCCAACUAUCAGGUCUCUGUAAUGGAAGUUGAUAGACUCACCCACUUCUCUGCUGACUACCUCCAACAAUCUCCAGAACUUCUUGUCAACUUGCUCUUUGUCCGUCUCUUGUUAGGAAAUGCGCAGUACAUUCCAUCGUACGCAUCGGCAUUCCGCGGAAUGACCGACGAAUCCAUCUUCCUGGGACUCUCCAGAAGAAAGACAAUUCCAAAUCACAUUCCACCACCAAACUUCGACCUGGAAGCCAAUGGACCAGCUUGUGCAAGUGUCGCCAAUAACUUGAUGCAAUUCGCCAAUGGACGUGUCUUUGUGGAUUACAUGUACCCGACUGCUCAAGAUGUGACGAACAUUCGUAAAUCUGCUGGUGGUAUUAUCAAGAAUGUGAUCAGCUCGUUCCAAGGAAUGAUUGAUCAGUUGGAUUGGAUGGCUCCAGAUACAAAGCAGAAGGCCUAUGCAAAGACUGUUCAAAUUCAACAAAACAUUGCCUUCCCUGACUGGAUCAAGAACGACACUCUUCUGGGCAACUACUACUCUACCCUGGUUAUUGCUGACUCUGACAACUUCUACGACAUCUACGACAAGCUCAUCAAGUUCAACAUCUUCGUCCAGUACAACCAACUCAACGCGGCCCAAACCGACAGAACCGACUUCCUCGGACAACCCGGAACCGUCAAUGCCUGGUAUCAACCCGAGCUGAACUCGAUCACCUUCCCAGCCGGAAUCCUCGUCCCGCCAUACUUCAAUCCAAACUGGCCACCAAGCAUCAAUUACGGAGGAAUGGGAUUGGUCGCCGGACACGAGUUGACUCACGGAUUUGACGAUCAGGGAGUUCAAUGGGGACCGACUGGAAACCUGGCCAGAUGGAUGGAUGAUAAUUCUAUGGCCGGAUUCAAAAACAUGUCACAGUGUGUUAUCAAUGAGUACAGUGGAUUCUGUCCAUUGAAUGCGACGAACUACUCGCCAAAUUGUGUCAAGGGGCCGCAGACUCAAGGAGAGAAUAUUGCUGAUAACGGAGGUGUCCACGCCGCGUUCAACGCCUACAAGACCCAUCAAUCCCUCGACGGACCCGAUCCACGACUUCCCGAUCGUCUCUUCGGCCAGUUCACCCACGAUCAGCUCUUCUUCAUGAGCUUCGCCCAGGUUUGGUGUGAAGUCCGACGGACCGAUGACGCGUUGUACACUCAAAUUAUGGUCGACCCACACUCACCGUCAAUGUACAGAGUUUAUGGAACGAUUCAGAACUUCCCAGCGUUCCAAACGGCGUUCAACUGCCCACUUGGCUCGAAGAGUGCUCCGGAACAACACUGUGAAGUAUGGGUUCCGGGAAAAUAUCAAUAAUUAUGUUUUGAGCUUACAAUUAGAAAAUUAUUUCCUACUAAAUAUUGUUUUCAUGUAUUUUAUUACACUGUUAAAUAUUGGAUGUUUCAUCAAUAAAAUUUUAAAAUUU